AUGGAGGCGGCGGCUGAGCCGGGGAACCUGGCUGGCGUCCGGCACAUCGUGCUUGUACUGUCAGGGAAGGGAGGCGUUGGAAAGAGCACCGUCUCCACUGAGCUGGCCCUGGCCCUACGCCACACAGGCCAGAAGGUGGGCAUCCUUGAUGUAGACCUGUGUGGGCCCAGCGUGCCGCGCAUGCUUGGGAUGCAGGGCUGUGCAGUUCACCAGUGUGACAGCGGCUGGGUGCCCGUGUUUGUGGAUCAGGAGCAGACUCUGGCUCUCAUGUCUGUGGGCUUCCUGCUAGAGACGCCUGACGAAGCUGUGGUGUGGAGGGGCCCCAAGAAAAACGCACUGAUCAAGCAGUUCGUGUCUGAUGUGGCCUGGGGGGAGCUGGACUUCCUGGUGGUGGACACGCCCCCGGGCACCUCUGAUGAGCAUCUCUCCACAGUAGAGGCUCUGCGCCCUUACGGCCCCCUGGGUGCUGUCCUGGUAACUACGCCCCAGGCCGUGUCAGUGGGGGACGUGCGGCGGGAGCUGACCUUCUGCAGGAAGACGGGGCUGCAAGUGAUCGGUGUGGUAGAGAACAUGAGCGGCUUUGUGUGCCCGCACUGUGAGGAGUGCACCAAUAUCUUCUCCACGGGAGGCGGGGAGGAGCUGGCCAGGCACGCUGGGGUCCCCUUCCUAGGCUCUGUGCCCCUGGACCCUCAGCUGGCAAGGAGCCUGGAGGGGGGCAGGGACUUCAUGCAGGAGUUCCCCAAAAGCCCGGCCUUCCCUGCGCUCACCUCCAUCGCCCACCAGAUCCUGGACCAGGCACGGUCUCGUGACCCUACGGAAGCUGGUCGGCCAGCAAGUCAAGUGUGA